GUCACUGUACACUGUAGACUAAUCUCUGACUGUACUCUGUAGACUGUAUUUGAGUAAUGAGUAUGAGUAUGAUAUCAAAAUCAAACGAACAUUUACACAAUACAUUCAACGUUUUUGAAAAGAAGGAACAAGGAAGUGUUGUUGUGCAGGCGUGAGAAAGCGGGUGAAACUUGUGAAAAGUUUGAUUAAGUGGUUUAAUAGCCUAGGAAAUCGAAGAUAAAAAAGCAAAAUGUCGAGCACAUCUCAAAAACAUAAGAAUUUUGUAGCUGAGCCUAUGGGUGAAAAGCCAGUGACUGACUUGGCUGGUGUUGGUGAAGUGCUUGGUAAACGCUUGGAAGCAUCUGGCUUUGAUAAGGCAUACGUGGUACUUGGCCAAUUUUUAGUCCUAAAAAAAGACAAAGAACUAUUCCAAGAAUGGAUGAAAGAAACGUGCCAAGCAAACACCAAACAGUCAAAUGACUGCUAUCAAUGUUUAGUGGAUUGGUGUGAUGAGUUUCUGUAAAAUACUGUUUAUAAUAAGAGUUUUAUUAUAUAUGUAUGUAAUAGAGAAUUGUUUCUUGUGUAGUCGAAAAAUUUUUUAUGCAAUGUAAGGCCAAUGUAACUGAGUGAUGAAGUGUUAAAAAUUGUCAAAUGUAUUUUAAUCUCAUGACGCUAGAAUUUCUGAAAUUUAGAAUACUUCCAAUAAGAAUAACCAAUGAUACACAUCAUAUAUUUAAUAAACAUAGAAUUCUUAU